AUAGAUCGAAUAUUAAAUUGAUAAAGUGACAGGGAUUUCCAUUGAUUAACAAUGGAAUAAGUAUUAGCGGGUAGGUUAUAAGUUGACUAGCAGAAACAAUUUCAUUGUCUUGAGAAAGACUAGUCCCUGCUUGUUAAUAGUUAUGCAGAUCAGUUUAUGCUUGUGAAAGUUAGCUUUUGAUCUCUGUUCGCUCUUUCUCAAAGCAUAAAUAUAAAACCGAAACAGAAAAGACUUUUAAUAACAGAAUGAAGAUGGGCUUAUGUUCGGCUUCUUGGAAAGUCCUACUUCUACUCCUUGUGUGCGUUUGCAGAAGUGGUGCCAGGAAAAUGAAAGAAGAAUCCUGGAAAGAGUUAGGUGAUAAUCAUCAACAGAACAGAAAGGUGCCUGAUGAAUCAGAUUAUCCAGUGGUUGAUCAUCACAAGAUUCAUCCAAAGGAAGCCAUUGAUCCAUCAUCCCACACGGAUCACAUAGACCCUUCAGUGAGACUGUUCUUCAAGAUGAAUGAUCUAAAACUAGCAAAUAUCAUUCCCACCUAUCUUCCCGAGACAGAUCCUUCAAAUUCUCCUCACUUGUUCUCCAGAGAAGAAGCUGAUACAAUUCCAUUUUCAUUGAAAGAUCUCCCUUAUCUUCUUGACUCGUUCUCUUACACACAUGAUUCACCCCAAGCCAAGGCCAUGGAAGAUGCACUUAGAAUGUGUGAAACUAAUGAUCACUUGAAUGAAGAGCUCAAAUUUUGUGCAACCUCUUUAGAAUCCAUGCUUGAUUUUGCACGCAGUGUCUUCGGUUUGAAGACAGAUUUUGAAGUUUUAAGCACUACCCACCUCAUAAAAUCAGCUGCCACUUUCCAAAAUUAUACUAUCCUGGAAGAGCCUAAAGAGAUAUCUUCUCCCAAAAUGGUGGCCUGACAUACCAUGCCUUACCCUUAUGCAAUUUUCUACUGCCAUGGCCGAACUGAUAACAAAUUAUUCAAAGUUUAACUGGGUGCUGAAAAUGGAGAUAGAGUUGAAGCUGUUGCAGUUUGCCACAUGGAUACUUCUCAUUGGAGUCCUGAUCAUAUAUCAUUUCGUUUGCUUGGGACUAAGCCAGGAUUUGAUUCCCACGUCUGUCAUUUCUUCCCAACGGAUAAUCUAGUAUUCGUUCAAAAAUCCACCUUGUAAACUAGUAAUGUCUUUGUAAUUAUAGUGAUGUUUCAAGUCCUAAAGCUACUGUUCUUGUGUACUUGUUUUAAUGGUAAUUAAUGUUAUUACUGGAUAUGAAUGUUAUUCAAUAA